UGGACCUUGGCCCAAGAUUUUGGCAAGUCAUUUGCUCUCCUUCUCAGUCCAUCUCGGCAUCAUGGCUGGUGAGGCGGCCAAGGGAACCAUGGGCAUUUUCAUUAUCUUCGUGCUCUCCCGUGCGUUGCAUCCCAUGGUGAUCGACUACUCCAAGGAGGAUGGAAAGAUGCUCUAUUCCAAGAAUUCUCCUGCAAUCAUGAGCCAGCUCUUAUCUAUGCUCUUCGUGAACUUCUUGGCUUGGCAGGAGGAGGGAAUGAAGGGCGUGAAAGCAUGCUGGCAAAUUCCCAAAGGUGCUUCAAUUUUCAUCGUCAUUGGUCUUUGGUAUGCCUUUGGCGACUUCUUGGAAAUGCUUUCCAUGGGUGCCAUGACCGGUGGUCUCUAUCAGCUCUUGCUUCAGUCCAAGCUCUUGAUCACCGCAGUGAUGAUGAAGCAGCUGAAGGGCACUACCCAGAGCGACCUCCAGUGGAAUGUGCUGAUUGCAGCCACCUUGGCCAUCAGCGCCUUUGUCAUGGUUGACUCCGGCAGCUCCGAUGGCGAGUCUGGCAUUCCUUUGAUGGGUGUCGCCAUGGUUCUUUUCAAAGUCGGCGUUUCUUGCUAUGCUGCCGUGCUCUCAGAUGCCAAAUUGAAGGGCUUCAGCAACAUGUCCAUGUCGGCCAAGCUUUCCUUGAUGUCUCUUUCUCGUGUGAUUGCUUCCGUGGGCAUUGC